AUGCCAAAAAUCACAUUGAAGUUAUCAACAAGAGUGAGUGGAGUAAAGAAUGAGGAAAAUGUGAUGAGGAGUAAUAAGACAACGAAGAUUAAGUUAAAGCAGCCGAAACGAACUAAGAGGAAGGUGAUUAAAAAAAGUCAAUCGGGUAGAAAGAGCACAUCUCUUCCUAGGAUAAAGUUAAAAACUCACAAGAAGAAAAUGCCCACUAUCAGAGUGAAACCGACGAUGAUUCCUGCAGAUGGUUAUGAUUCCGAAGAUCCAGAGCGUGAGGAUGAUCCAUUAAUGGAGGAUGGUAUAAUUCUUCGAAUGCUUCCAGACGAAUCUCUUGAUACACUCCGUGCUUGUGUUGAAUCUGGGGAUAUGAACGGCAUUGCUGUUAAAUGGAAGGAUAGAAAGAGAGCAGUUCUUAAAAUUCACGGAGCAAUAUACGGGGGGAAGUUGGUGAAUCUACCAACCAUCAUUGAAGUGCAUAAAAGUAUAAACAAGAAGAGUAUAUACAAGACCAUGGACGUGUGCCAGAUGCUACUAAUAGUGAAAAAAUUGGAUUAUGAAGAGGAAGUCAAUGAAAUACCUGUGGAUAGUGAAUACGGAGAAACAUAUCCGGACGGAAUAACGGAACCGAUGAUUCAGUGCAAGAGCAGAUUUGAAAAAAGGUAUGAAGAGCAGGUGAUACAGAAUGUGGAGGAUGAAGUUGAUAGAUUACUUAAGCUGGAUGAGCAGGCGGAUACCAGCACUUACGAAUUUAUAGACUCCUCGAUGUUGGACGAUCCUAAAGUUCGUCUCGCGCUUUCAUCUGGAAUGGAGAGAAGACUGCAUAGAAGAAGAAGAAAGAAGAAAUCAAAGCAUCAACGUACUGCAGUUAGCAGCGCUACUCAGAGCACUACGAGCUCUAUUACUGGAGUUAGUGAGAGUACGGAAAAGCAGAAUGAGGAGGACUUGGAUAGUGAAUUGGAUAAAUUGAUUGGUGAGGAGGAAAGUUCCGAAGAAGAAGAAGAAGAGGAGGAGGGCGAUGAAGAUAUAGGAGGUUUGACCAAGGCCAAGGUGGAAGAGGAUGAAGGAGAGCAAGAGGAAAUAGUUGAAGGUGCACCAACGGAAACGGAAGGAGAAGGUGAGGAAGAAGAGGAAGAGGAAGAAGGAGCAAAUAGAUCAUCUGAAGAUGAAGAUGAAGACGAAGAUGAAGAUGAAGACGAGGAUGAAGAUGAGGACGAAGAUGAAGACGAAACGACAGGAAAAGCAAGGACGUUUGCGAAAGGCGGAGAAGUUGAUGAAAUGAAACAGCACAAUGCAAUUGUUAUGGAGGAAAUCUCUGAGUUGGAGUCGACAAUUGAACAGAAGCACAAAGAUCUUGAAAAGGCCAAUAAUCCAAUCAUGAGAAACAGAAUAAACGAUGUGAUAAAUCGGCUUCGGCAAGAGUUGGAUAUCAAGAAGAGCCAGAUCAUUGAGGAAAACCCAGAAAAGGGAAAUAAAGAGGAAAACGAGGAGAAGCAAAAGAAUGAAGAAGACAAUAAGAAUAAUGCCAGUGAGAUGGAUGUUGAUGAUGAGGAGGAAGAGGGUUCGAAAGGGAAGAAAUCUGACGAUGAAGAUCUUGAGGGUUUGUUCUAA